CCCUCGGCAGUCGCCACUCCACACAAAACACAACAAUGGGGGUUUUGGUUCUUCUUCUCCUCCUAGUCCUCGCCCCUGCACUCGUGUUCUCAUCCGAGCCCCCGUUCUCGUGCGAUGGGGGGUCGGCGCCGCCGAGCGAGUCCUUCGCAUUUUGCGAGGCGAAGGCGCCGAUCCGGGCGAGGGUCGACGGUCUGAUCGCGCAGCUGAGCUUGGCGGAGAAGAUUUCGCAGCUCGGCGACGUGUCCCCGCCGAUCCCGCGUCUCGGCGUGCCGGGAUACAAGUGGUGGUCGGAGUCGCUCCACGGCGUCUCCGGCGCCGGCCGCGGCAUCCUCUUCGACGCCGGCCCCGUCCGCUCCGCCACCAGCUUCCCCCAAGUCAUCCUCACCGCCGCUUCUUUCAACCCCCUCCUCUGGUACCGCAUCGGCCAGGCAAUAGGAAUCGAGGCUCGAGCGAUCUACAACGCGGGCCAGGCAGAAGGGCUGACAUUCUGGUCACCUAACAUCAACAUUUUCAGAGACCCCAGAUGGGGCAGAGGCCAAGAGACUCCCGGCGAGGACCCGGUGACCACCAGCAGGUAUGCGGUCUCCUAUGUGAGGGGACUGCAGGGCGACACAUUCCGAGGAGGCCGUCUUUCCAGGCUCAAAGCUUCGGCCUGCUGCAAACACUUCACCGCGUACGACAUGGAUAACUGGAAGGGCAACACGCGAUACGUCUUCAAUGCUCAGGUAUCGGCUCAGGAUUUGGCGGAUACUUACCAGCCUCCCUUUCAGAGUUGCAUCGAGGAAGGUCGGGCUAGCGGCAUAAUGUGCUCGUAUAACCGUGUAAAUGGUGUCCCAAAUUGUGCUGAUUACAACUUUUUAUCCAAAACAGCAAGAGGGCAGUGGAGGUUUCUUGGUUACAUUACGUCAGAUUGUGAUGCGGUCUCCAUCAUUCAUGAUGCUCAAGGUUAUGCUAAAGCGCCAGAAGAUGCCGUCGCCGAUGUUCUUAAAGCUGGAAUGGACGUAAACUGCGGUGGCUAUGUGCAGAAGUAUGCUGCCUCGGCCAUCCAACAGGGAAAAAUAUCAGAAGCUGACAUUAACCGGGCCCUGCACAACCUCUUCUCUGUGCGAAUGAGACUCGGACUCUUUGAUGGCAACCCGAGAUACAAAUUAUACGGCGACAUCGGCCCGAACCAAGUUUGCACACAAGAGCACCAGAAUUUAGCUUUAGAAGCAGCCCAAGAUGGUAUCGUUCUUCUGAAGAAUACAGCCAAUCUUCUUCCUCUCUAUAAAUCAAGAAUUACGUCGCUCGGUGUGAUUGGUCCUAAUGCAAAUAAUGCUGGGAAACUACUUGGUAACUAUGCGGGCCCACCGUGUAAAUCAAUUACCCCUCUUCAGGCUUUGCAAAACUAUGUGAGGGACACCCGGUUCUUACCUGGGUGUGACUCAGCUGCUUGUGGUUGGAGCCAAAUCAAUGAAGCAGUCCAAUUGGCGAGCUCAGUUGACUAUGUGAUCAUGUUCAUGGGAUUGGAUGAAGAUCAGGAGAAGGAGGAGCUUGAUAGAGUGGACUUGGUCCUUCCAGGAAUGCAGCAAAGCCUCAUUGAGAGUGUGGCUAGAGCAGCGAGAAGGCCUGUGAUCUUGGUUCUGUUAUGCGGAGGCCCAGUAGAUGUAACAUUUGCAAAGUUCAAUCCCAAGAUAGGAGGCAUAUUCUGGGCUGGUUAUCCUGGUGAAGCUGGUGGAAUUGCAAUUGCGCAGACCAUCUUUGGAGAGCACAAUCCAGGCGGAAAAUUGCCUGUAACUUGGUAUCCGCAGGACUUCACUAGAAUACCAAUGACUGACAUGAGGAUGCGAGCCGACCUGGCAUCUGGCUAUCCGGGUCGCACCUACCGAUUCUAUAGAGGCCAAACUGUCUACAAAUUUGGCUACGGGCUCAGCUACUCUCAUUACUCUCGUAGAUUUCACCCUAGAACAUCAAACACAAUCUACAUGAACAAUACCAUAUCUCUACGAUCGAUCAACGAGUCCAACACCCUGAGUUACGAUAUUGAAGAGAUGAGCUCUGAAGCAUGUGAGAAGUUAAAGUUCCCAACCGUUGUUACAGUGAAGAAUCAUGGACCGAUGGAUGGAAAGCACCCGGUUUUGCUUUUCUUGCGCUGGCCCAAUGCCUUACAUGGCAGGCCACUGAAGCAGCUGAUAGGAUUUGAGAGCGUGAAUCUUAAAGCAGGGGAGAGUGCUCAUGUUGAGUUUGUCGUGAGCCCCUGUGCGCACUUCAGUAGAGCAAGGGAAGAUGGUAGGAAGGUGAUUGAUCAUGGGUCUCAUAUCUUGGCAGUGGGCAAGAAACACUAUGAGAUCAGCAUCAUGGCUUGAUUUAGUUCCAAUAUAAAUGAAUGAAAAUUGUAGUAAUGAUUGGACUUAUAUUUCGUGGUGUAGAGUGCUCUUGAAGUUACUAAGAUGGUAAUUAGAUGAAAAUUUCUGUAUGUGCUUUUCUCCGCGCUAUAUUUCAAGUGCUACUUGAAGGCUACUGUAACUCAAACAGCUUGUUUGUCAAAGAGGGAUGCUGCUCCCUGAUUCAUAUAUGAACUGUAAUUUUGAGCACAUUUUGUUUAUUACGAA